GCGCUGAGCUGAGCCGGACCGUGGUGGCAGUGGACAUGAGACCAAAGCUUGGCUGAGCUUCGCUGCGACUUCGUAGUGUAUGGCCAGCACCUUUGAAACCAGCAUGCCAAUUCCUCGAGAGCCACGAAAUAGAGUAGUCCAUUGAGAGGCAAUGAAGAGGAAGUCCGAGAUAUUGUCAGGCAUCUCUCACCUCUAAGCCAUGCCGAAGAAAUGCCGACCCCAGGCGGGCAUGAUCGCCCAAAAUUUCGGACGAGCUCCGCCGCAGCACGCUCGCAAAUGCAGCGGACCCUCGCCGGCAUCCCACGCCUCAACGCAGUACCCUUCGCACGCCUAGGACCGCGCCGCCGCUUUUCGCACAGAACCCCCCUCGCGCGCAAUCACACCGCCAAGCUGGCGUUGAAGCGCCGCAUCGAAGAAGACCACUACCGGAGCAAAGCGCUCAGGAUGACCGACUUCGCCGGCCUAACCGACGACGAGUUCGUCGCGCGCCGCGCCGAGAUCGAGCAGCGCCUGGCGCGCGUCAGCGAGCUGGAAGCCAAGCUCGCGCUGCAGAACGCCAGCGCCACGGCGGCUGCGGUCGCGACGACGACAACUGCGGCAGAGCCCGCGAAGACGGGCUUCAAGAAGCAGCGCGGCCCGCCGAAGGCGUUUGAUCCCUCGAAAUACACGACGCGCUUGAUCGCGCUCAAGUUCGCGUACCUGGGCGGCCGCUACAACGGCUUCGAGCACCAUGCCAACAACACGACGCCGCUGCCGACGAUCGAGGAGGAGCUCUGGAAGGCGCUCAAGAAGACGAGGCUCAUUAUCCCGACGCCGAAGCCUGGCUUGGGCGAGGACGAUAUCAAUUGGGAGGGCUGUGACUACAGCAAGUGCGGGCGGACGGACCGUGGCGUCAGUGCCUUCGGCCAGGUCAUUGGCAUAAGGGUGCGCAGUAAUAGGCCAAAGCCGAAGGCCCGGCCUACGAGGGAGGAUGUCGAUUCGGCCGAGGUGGGAGCCGUGGCCAGUGAGGCCGCUGAGGCGCGAGCGGACGGGUUGGAAGGAGAGGACGUAGAGAUGGGCGGCGCAGAUGCGCCCGAGGAAGUCUCGUUUGACGACAUCAAGGAUGAGAUGCCCUACGUGAGCAUUCUGAACCGCGUUCUACCAGAGGAUAUCCGCGUUUAUGCGUGGUGCCCCAACCCUGGCCCCGACUUUUCUGCUCGCUUCAAUUGUAGGGAGCGCAGAUACAAGUACUUCUUCACCCAGCCUGCCUUCGCUCCGAUGCCGGGCGCAAGCGGUUGUUAUGCCGGAUUGAAUGGCAAGACUAUGCGCGAGGGGUGGCUCGAUAUCGAGGCCAUGCGCGAAGCGGCCAGUUACCUUGUUGGACUGAAUGAUUUCAGGAACUUCUGCAAGGUCGACCCGGCUAAGCAGAUCACAAACUUCCAGCGCCGCAUCACGCACACGUCGAUUGAUCGGUGGAACACCGGGUCUGGCUUCGCGUCUUACACGAAGGACGAGAUGUUCCAAAUUCCGGAGCUUGAAGGUAGUGCUGACAAGGAGCGCAUCGUUGGAGCGCCUGAGCUCAGCGGGCCCGGCCUGUUCACCUUCUGCCUCCACGGCUCCGCUUUCCUUUGGCACCAGGUGCGGCACAUAGUCGCGAUCCUGUUCCUAGUUGGCCAGGGGCUGGAGCCGCCGACCAUCGUCAGAGAUCUGCUUGAUAUAGAGAAGAACCCGACAAAGCCCAAGUACGAAAUGGCCACGGACACGCCGCUGGUGCUUUGGGACUGCAUUUUCCCCAAAGAGGGCGAUGAGAGCAAAGAGGUGAUGGAAGAUGCUCUGGACUGGGUUUGGGUCGGUGACGAGCGGGGCCUUCCCGGUAGCAAGGCGGCUGGUUUGGAGGAGAAAUUCGGCCAUAACAGUGUCAUGGCUGACCUUUGGACGGUGUGGCACAAGAGGCGAAUUGACGAGGCGCUUUCUGGCAGUCUGCUUGAUCUCGUUGCCAGUCAGGGUCUCAAGUUUUCUGAAGAGCAGCUGAAAGGUCCCCCGUCCACCAAGGGCCAAAGGUGAGUUUUAUUUGCCCCUUUGUCGAACGUUGAUAUUAACGGAUUUUAGGAGUGCUAGGCUCUACGACGGCGCCGAUGCGCCUAAGCUCCAGGGUAAAUAUAUGCCUGUGCUGAAGAAGGAACGGAUGGAGCCGGUGGAUGUCAUAAACGCCAGAUAUCUGGCCAGGAAAGGCCUUGAUAAAAAGCAACUUCCCAAGCGGGGAGACGAUGCGAACGAAUAG